AUUGUAGCGGAGGCAAUUGUGUCGGGCAAUAAGCAGAGAGCGCUUAAAUUUAUUGGUAUUGCAUGCCGCCUUAAUAGUGAACUAGAUGUCAAAGAUCUUUUGGCUGCUUGUGAAAAUCUUGAUGCCUCAACUCCUGAUCACCCUGGUGAAGUUGGCGAUGUUUCGAGUGAGAAACAUGUUGAUGGUCGUGUCGAAUCAGAUGAGGUUUCUGAUGGGGAGAGGAGUUAUACUGAAGAACACGUGCAUUUGGUUACACAUAUUAAGAUCAAGAAGGACUAUUAUGCAAUUCUUGGUCUAGAGAAGGGUUGUUCAGUUGAAGAGAUAAGAAAGGCAUAUCGGAAGCUUUCGCUGAAAGUUCAUCCGGACAAAAACAAGGCUCCGGGUUCUGAAGAGGCAUUUAAGAAAGUAUCCAAGGCCUUUAAGUGUUUGAGUGAUGAUGAUUCAAGGAGCCGGUAUGAUGAGACGGGUUUGGUUGAAGAAUUUGAGUUUCAUCAGCUGUAUAAUCUUAGACGUCGGAGGAGAAUGGAGCAUGAAUAUAUUGAAGAUGAUUUUGAUGAUGAAGAGAUUAUAAGGGCAUUUUUUGGUCAGCGUGAAAUGUUUAGGACAGCUUAUGUCUACAGGACAAGGACCAAUGUCCGUCAGCCGAGAGAGGAUUUAGGUUCCUCUGGGCCUAACUUAAUUCUCCUCCUUCAAUUGUUACCAUUUUUGAUCAUUUUCUUACUUGCUUAUCUUCCUUUCUCGGAGCCUGAAUAUUCUUUGCAUAAAAACUACUCUUAUCAGUUUGAGAAGGUGACAGAUAAAUAUGGGGUAGAAUUUUUCGUUAAAUCGGCAGAAUUUGAUAAGAAUUAUCCUCUUGGUAGUCCUGCUCGAGAGAAAGUUGAAGACCAUGUUAUUAAAGAUUACAAAAAUAGGCUUGAACGUUACUGUGAUAUAGAACUCCAGAGGCGACAAUGGAACAGGAACUACCCAACACCUCACUGUGACAGGCUUCAAAAUUUUGGAGUAGCUUGAGGUAUGUCUACUGGGUGCAUGGAGAUUUAAGGUGUUAAUGCAACACUUCUAGUAUGUUGUGCAGGACGAGACUCUGCUUGGGUAGAUAAAGCAAGAAACAAAGCUUCAUCUCCAGAUCCAGAUGUAUGAUCAGACAUCUUUUUUCUCCAUUAUUGAUAACAAUUCACUUAACAGCAUGCCAUAGCGUGAUUGAGAUAACAUAGACAUGGCUGACAGCAUCUAAGUCACACUUACUCAUUUGAAAUUAGUCAUUCUUGCAGUAGUUCGGAUACAUUCCCUACUAAACACGUCCUCAACCUGCUAAAAGCAGGAAGUACCCAUAGGAAACUCAAGGGAUCCAAUAUAUAAUGAACAUAAGCUUCACAUUCAGUUCCGCGAUUGGAACAAUAUACACAGAUCCAUGCAUAUUUCAGGCCAUUGUGCUGUAGGGCAUCAUGGGAGAAAAAGGUGUCCUAGUGUGAAUGAAGUACUGUGUCUUAGAAAUUUUUCUGAUGUGCCUGAUUUAUCAAUGCUUAAGGAAUCAUAUGCCAUUUCUUAAGAAAUUCUUUUUGUGAUGUUCCUAUUACAUCGAUGAAAUAUUAGUAAUCUUGUUAAAAAUAGGCAAAGGCUUUAGUCACAAGCCCAUUUGACCCUUUUUUGGUUACACUCCAGAGAUAUCUAUGUUCUAGUGUAUACUCAAAGAAGAUAUACAAUAUUCGAGUAGAGUGUGUAAAUGAAAUGGGAGCGAUUUUUGUUAAUAUCCAUUGCAAUCAAGAGAUUAUAAUUCAAAAUGUAAUAAUUUUAGA